AUGGCCCAAAAAGAUGAACUCCAGGAUACGCCGUACUGCCAUGGUGCGUUGCCCGACGAAGAUGCGGACAAAAUGUUGCUGAAAGAUGGCGACUUUCUCAUCCAAUUUCGACCACAACGCGACUCGAACGUACCGUCACUAGUGAUGGCAGUCAAGAAGCGGACUACGGUACAUCGGUUCAAAAUGGAGCGUGUACGCGGGUCGGCGGCUGUCAUACUAUCAGUAAGUAUGGUGGAAGCCUGAAACUUGAAAAUAUAGCCUGGGGAGAGAAAAAAAAUUGGGAGGGGUAAUUUUUUUGUUACCUAUAUGCCGACAUAAAGAACCCGCCAUACUUUGCCUGUAAUUUCCUGUGAAAAAUGGCGGGCUCUUUAUGUCGGCACCUAAUAAUAUACUGUAACAAGCCUAAAUUCCCAAUUUUUAGGGGAAACAGUUUCCGAAUGUGAAGAUCCUGACCACCAAUCUCAUCAAAAACCAAACGGACUUGAAUGGUGAUGGUGUGGUACUUCGUCGGGCAAUACCCAAAAGUAAAUGGUCUAUCACUCAUCGGGAUGUUCGUAUGCGGUGCAAGGUAACUAUUUUUGCUAAUUACUUUAUAAUUUCAUAAAAAUAUCAUAAAAUGAUAAAAAAUGUCAUAAAAUGACAAAAAAAAGUCAUACAAUGAUAAAAAAUGUCAUGAAAUGACGAAAAACGUCAUAAAAUGAUAAAAAAUGUCAUGAAAUGAUAAAAAUGGCAUUAACUGAUAAAAAUGUCAUAAAAUGGGAAAAAACUUCAACAAAUACUAAAAAUGUCAUAAAUGAUAAAAAAUGUCAUAAAAUGACAAAAAAAAGUCAUAAAAUGAUAAAAAAUGUCAUAAAAUGACAAAAAAAAGUCAUAAAAUGAUAAAAAAUGUCAUGAAAUGACAAAAAAUGUCAUGAAAAUGAUAAAAAAUGUCAUAACCACUCAAAAUGUCAUAAAUAACAUCAUAAAAUUCAGAUUGGAAGUGGUGCAUAUGGUACGGUUUACCAGGGCUACUUGACUAUCCGUGACAAGGAGAAGAACACUGCAAAAGUCAUAAAAGUGGCGACAAAGCGGCUGGAUUCGUCUGGAAAAGACGAGCAAGGACUGACAGAAAUGAUGAUCGAGGCCAGGGUGAUGCAAAUGGUACUGUUUUAUACUGUAAUUUUGAGUAUUUGUGAAAGGUUUAAAGUAUUAUAGAGUCCGGUACUAGAUUUUCGAAGGGGUAGGGCAGGGUAGUCAGAGCUCCAAAAAUUCAUGAAAUCAAACUUGUUCAAGGUACUUACUAACUUUUUUUUCAGUGUGAACACGUGAACAUUGUCAAAUUCUAUGGAUAUGUCAUCGACCGUACCCCGUACUUGUUGGUCAUGGAGUUGUGCCAAGUAAGAACUUACGCUAAAUUCAAAAAUUAUUUUUAAAAUGCUCAUUUGAACCUACGAUAACAUCGGUUUUUCUCACCUAUUCCCCCACUCAAAAACCUCCCCCCCCAAACCCGAUUUUCAUCUUUUUUUAUUUCAGGACGGAUCAGUAGAAGAUGUACUUCGCAAAAAAGGCGCUUCCAUCAUGAUCAACCGUCGAAUCGACCUGGCAACACAAGCAGCCCGUGGCCUCGAGUAUCUACAUACGAUCAAGUGCAUUCACCGUGACAUUGCUACCCGCAAUUGCCUCCUAGCCGGCCCGAACCUGAAGCUAGCCGACUUUGGAAUGUGUCGCGCGACCGAAAUCUUCAAAGUCGACCUGUCCAAGCCGCAGAACGUCAGAUGGCUAGCGCCGGAGGUGUGGAAGACGGGUGAGACCAACUUCACCACCGACGUGUAUGCCUUUGGCAUCAUGAUCUGGGAGCUGUUCGAGGAGCCGUACAAGUCACCGUACUCGGAAUGGCGUGCGAUUACGGUCAAGGAGAAGGUGAUGAAUGGGUUCCGUAUGUCUCCGAACGACAUAAUGCCCGAUCAGAUGGCUUCGGUUAUGAGGUUGGCGUGGGCUCAGGAGGCUGAUACGAGACCGCCGGCUUCUACGGUUAGGCAGAUGCUCGAGGAGGUGAACAAGGUUAGUAUGACAGAAUUUUUAAACAUUUCCAUAAAAGGUGUCAUUAAUUCUGAAUUUUUUUUUCAAAAGGUGGCAUUAUUUCCAUAAUUUUUUUAAAAAGGUGGCAGAAUUUUUGGACAUUUUUAAAAAGAGCUGACACAAUUUUAAGACAUUUUAAAAAAAGAUGACAUUAUUUCCAGACGUUUUUAAAAUGAUGACACAUUUUCUGGACAUUUUUUAAAACUAUGACGCAAUUUCUAAAUUUUUUAAAUUUAAAUUUUUAGGAAUACAAUCCGAACCUGUACAAAGGCGACGAUGAAAUCAAAGUGGCAACCUGCCGAACGGCCCGAAACCGGUCGAAUCGCUCGCUCAUGUCGGAAGUCAAAAGUGUGUCGUGUAGUGUCAGCUAUCAGCCACAAGCCCGUACGCCUGCCAGAACCCCACCCAAACAAGGCUGA